AUGCUAGUUGUUGGUAUAGCUCUGAGGAAUUUGCCAGCAAUCAGUGAGCACUUGUUUGUCGUCAAAGAAUGGAGUGUCGUUCUGCGAAGGAUUGCUUUCGUUGUGAUUUUACUCCGUGGCGGACUAUCUCUUGAUUUGGAUGCAAUCAGAAGAUUGAAAGGUGCUUGCGUCCGCUUGGCUUUGGUUCCUUGCUCGGUAGAAACGGUAGUUGUGGCCGUAGCUGCUAAAUUAGUUUUUGGUAUGGAUAUCGUAUUCGGUGUGUUACUCGGGGCCUCGAGCCGCUACACUUGCGGCUUUGCCGCCACUGUCUUGAGUCCUGUUGUUUUGUCUAUGACAUUUUGGCAUGAAAAUCUUUCGUCAAUCCCGCCAUUCUUCAGAGCUGUGCUAGCUGCUGUUUCGCCCGCCGUCGUGAUCCCUGCUCUACUGGACGCCUCUAAAGCAGGUUAUGGAGUGCAGGCCGGUGUACCAUCUUUGGUUAUUGCUGCUGCCAGUCUUGACGAUGUGUACGCAAUCUCCAUUUUCAGUUUGGCGCUGUCUUUGUUGUUCUCUUCAGGUACCAAUAUGGAGAUGACAAUUCUCGCUGCUCCAGUUGAAUCUCUAUUUUCAUGCUUUCUCCUUCACGUCCUACCACGGAAUGAUGUGAAAAAUUUACAUCUCAUUCGCCUGUCGCUUUUAUUCACAUUCUCCACAGCUAUCUUAUUUACCACGAUUAGGUUCCGUGUGGACGGUGCAGGCGCUAUUGCAGUUUUAGUAGCUGCGUUCGUUGCGGGCCAUUCAUGGAAAAAAGAGGGUCCUCUCCCUGAAGAAGAUCACCUUGCUAAUCUAUGGCAUCUUGCUUUUCAAUCGUUGCUGUUCGGUCUUAUUGGAUUCGAACUUAGUUUUGACAUGGUACAAUCCGGAACCAUAUUUCGUGGCUGUUUACUGCUUGGAAUCGGAUUGUUGUUCCGGUUCAUCGCUUCAUUCUUGGCCGUUUUUGUUACCACUCUGACUCUACGCGAACGUUUGUUUGUGGCAGUGGCUUGGAUGCCUAAAGCGACUGUUCAGGCGGCAUUGGCUCCAGUGGUUUUGGACAUGGCUAGAUCAAAAGAUGGAGUUGAUAGUACUUAUGUCGAUUACGGGAUCGUGAUCUUCACUAUCGCGGUACUGAGCAUUCUCAUAACGGCUCCAGUGGGUGCUUUCUUGAUUCGUCUAGCAACACCACUGCUUCUGACAAAAGAUGAAAAUAGCGUCAAGUUCACGGCUGAUGGCGAGAAUGACUUGGAGAAUGACAUGAACGAAUCUGCUGGGAAUACUCUGUGA